UCCGGUGCAGCUGCCGUCCUGCGCGCGUCGGCUGACGGGACGGAAGUGCGAGAUGCCCUCGGAGGUCACGUGGCCCUUCCCACAGUGCCCCCGCCUGGGCUGGAGAAUAUCCGGCAGCGUGGUCAGGGGCAUGGUGGGCUCAUACAGCUACCUCUGGACCAAUUAUUUUAACUCUUUGGUGGUGCACAACCAGGAUGUUUUGUUGGACCUGGUUGAUGAGCGUCCUCGGGACACGCCUCUUAUCACAGUGUGCAAUCACCAGUCCUGUAUGGAUGAUCCACACAUCUGGGGAGUCCUGAAGCUCCGGCAUCUGUGGAGCUUUAACAGGAUGAGAUGGACACCUGCUGCCUCUGACAUCUGUUUCACAAGAGAACUGCACUCCAGCUUCUUCAGCAGAGGGAAAUGUGUGCCUGUUGUUAGAGGAGAUGGUGUAUAUCAGAAAGGAAUGGAUUUCCUCGUGGAAAGGCUGAAUCAAGGGGAGUGGGUUCACAUAUUUCCAGAGGGUAAAGUUAACAUGACUGGAGAGUUCAUGAGGAUAAAAUGGGGAAUCGGGCGUUUGAUUGCGGAGUGCACUCUUCACCCAAUCAUUUUACCCAUGUGGCAUGUAGGUAUGAAUAAUGUUUUACCGAAUCAAACACCAUACAUCCCUCGAGUAGGACAGCGAGUAACUGUUGUAGUUGGAAAGCCGUUCACAGUCAGACAUCUGGUAAAUGCCCUGAGAGCUGACAACACCGGUCCGAUGGAAAUGCGGAAAACACUGACAGACUUUAUUCAAGGGGAGUUGCUCAGUUUGAAAGCCCAGGCGGAGGCGCUUCAUCACAGGAUACGGAAACACUCGUGACCCAUGGAGGGACGUAUUACAGGAUAAAGGGCUAUUCAGGACAUUACCCAUUAGCUAACCCGGGCCUUACAACUCAGCGUAGACACCGAGGAGAAACAAUCAUACAGAUGACUACACCCAAAGAGGUCUACGGCAUCCUUAAAAUGAUAUCUGUGGGUGUCAGUUGGUUUGUGUGUGGACAGUCAGACAUGGGCUAAAGGAAAACAUCUUUUGUUGUUGUGAAUGGGUUACACCUACAGAGAAAGUAAAUGCAUUUUGAGCUGUGUGCAGGACCUCAGGAGAUAUCUUGUGUGCAAGUCAGUGACUGGAAAUGCCUUGUAGACUGUGGAGCACGCCUUCAUUCUCCCACAGGUUUUUUUCUUUUCUUUUUUUAAUUGUACAAAAUA